GGAUAAAUAGAAUUCUGGAAAGCAAGAAGGAAGGAACUGUUUGAGGCAGGGGGACUCAAAGAUGAAAAGAGAAUGAAAACCUUUGGCCCUUUUCUGGAUGUAAAUUGGAUUAAGGGUAGAAUCAUCCAGCAAUUUAUAAAAAGUAUUUGGAGAAUAUCUAGGCCUUACCCAUUCAUAGAGGGAGGCUUGCUAUCCUGGGGUUUGCUGGAGUCUGGGAUGGCUCCUAGGUUAAUGCUCUUUCCUCUGGAUCACACUGUCUUAACCUAAUUUCACACAAGAAUGAAUGUUGAAAUUACACUAUGGUGGUUUUGCCCUAAGUAAAUUUGAUAACAUGGAAAUUGAGUAAUUUUAUACAAAAAGAGACUAACCACAGCCCCUGAGAAGCCAGCUAAUCCCUGCUUACGCUGCAAGCCGACGUGUCUGCCCCUUUGCUCAUGCUGUUCCAUCCUUCUGAAAUCCUCACUCUUCAUCCUUACCUUUUCCUCAGGCCGAGUUGAAGCUCCACCUGCUCUUUCACUCCUCUCCUCACUCAGGCCCUCCACUCUGAUCCCAUGGCGUGAAUGGUGCUUCUCUAUAGAGGGACUCCACCUUACCGUGUGUCUGCCUAACCUAGAAUUUAUCAACUGCAGCCUGUAGGGCGGGAUACUUCUUUAAUGUGGAGAGCUAUCCUGUGAAUUUUAGGUUCAGCAGCCUCUACCCACCUGAUGCCAGUAGCACCCUCCUUCCCAUUUAUGGCAACCAAAAAUGUCUCUAGGCAUUGCCAGAUGUUCCCCUUAGCGACAAAAGGGCUCCUCGUUCUGUGAGAACUGCUGAUUUAGAGUCUGAGCCACAUAAGGUCCAAGGUCAGUUUAAUAAUAAUAUAAUUUCAAUAUAAUCCAUAGGUACAAAUUUUAAAAUCUAAAGAAACAAAAUUUUUUUUUACUGCCACCUGUAGGGCAGGGCCACCCAUAGUGUGCCCAGAGUAGCCAGAAAAAAUUUAAAAAUAAUAAUAAUAUAACACAGUACUUCCCAGCUCUUUUGGAUUUGAAAAAUCUCAUAAACCCCCUUAGAAAUUUUAAAAAUAAUAAAGAUAUGAUAAAAUAGUGAUUUAAAAAAUAGUUAAAAAUAGGUUCAUUUAAUUUAAAUUUUUUUUUUUUUUUGAAAUGUAGUCUCACUCUUGUCAUUCAGGCUGGAGUGCAAUGGCGAGAUCUCUGCUGACUGCAACCUCCAUCUCCUGGGUUCAAGCGAUUCUCCUGCCUCAGCCUCCUGAGUAGCUGGCACUAUAGGCGCCUGCCACCACACCUGGCUAAUUUUUGUAUUUUUAGUAGAGACGGGGUUUCACCAUGUUGGCCAGGCUGAUCCCGAAUUCUUUGCUUCAGGUGACCUGCCCGCCUUGGUCUCCCAAAGUGCUUGGAUUACAGGCGUGAGCCACCGCUCCCUGCCAUUUCAUUUUAUCUUUGAUGUUUAUCUUGCUAACAGAUUUCAGUUUUCCUCAUUAGAAGAGGUGAUGCACUUUUGAACUCACUUUAACUAUGUAGGAAACUUCUACGAUUCCUAAAAUUGCAGCCCCCUAUGCUCUCCAUGUGUUCCUCCGUUAAUCUUAUUGUCAUCUAACAUUUAUUUCAUAUGUAUUGUUUUAGUCUGUCUUUUCCUCUCUAGAAUGUAAGCUCCAAGAGAAUAAGGACUUUGAGACUCACCACCAAGAACAGUGCAUUCUACAGGGUAGAAAAUGAUUAUCGAAGGAAUGGAUUUGAUUAUAAACAACUUGUGAAAUGAGUGAUUUGGAAGAUGAUGAGACACCCCAGCUUUCUGCCCAUGCUUUAGCAGCUCUCCAGGAAUUUUAUGCUGAGCAAAAGCAACAAAUUGACCCAGGCGAGGAAGAUAAAUAUAACAUUGGAAUAAUAGAAGAGAAUUGGCAAUUGAGCCAGUUUUGGUAUAGUCAGGAAACUGCUCUGCGACUUGCACAGGAGGCCAUUGCAGCUGUAGGAGAAGGUGGCAGAAUCGCAUGUGUGAGUGCCCCUAGUGUUUACCAGAAACUCAGAGAGCUGUGCAGAGAAAACUUUUCUAUAUACAUCUUUGAAUAUGACAAAAGAUUUGCCAUGUAUGGAGAGGAGUUUAUUUUCUAUGAUUACAAUAAUCCAUUGGACUUACCCGAAAAAAUUGCUGCACAUAGUUUUGACAUCGUAAUAGCAGAUCCUCCCUAUCUUUCGGAGGAAUGUCUCAGAAAAACAUCAGAAACCAUCAAGUACCUGACGCGGGGCAAGAUUCUGCUGUGCACAGGUGCCAUCAUGGAAGAACAGGCAGCAGAACUCCUUGGCGUGAAGAUGUGCACGUUUGUUCCAAGACACACCCGGAACUUGGCAAAUGAGUUUCGCUGUUAUGUGAAUUAUGAUUCUGGGCUGGACUGUGGGAUCUAAUUACAGAUGGUGACAUAACACAGGAAGGAACCCUGUCACAUUCCCCUUUUUGUAUUUUCGUAGUAGAUUUAAAAGUUAUGAUCUCUUCCCCUCCCCCCAAACUGGAGCUGUCCCUGGCCUGAUUUUCAAAAUAAAGUACACGAGCUUCAUUAUUGUUUCCUUA